AUGCUAUUGAAUCGGCUGGCGCAACCCCUGACAUCUUAUGCCCGACAGGGGCUGUUCAGGCCUCUUCGAUCUAAUGGUCAAUUUGCGCAAACCACUGUCAAGCGCUUCAACUCCUCAAACCCGCAAAACACGGGACAAUAUACGCCUGAUCCCACUGACCAAAAUGAGUCGGAUGAGGACAAGGGCAAGAGUCGCAAGAAUGACUCGGACCCCAACUUGAAAUCUACAAUCUUGAAGAUGCUUGAGACAGCUGCAACUACGGCAGCAUCAAUCGCUAUUCUUGGAGUGGCUGGAUAUUCAUAUCACCAGUACUACAAGUACUUAAUCCUGGAUAAAAUGGAUAAUGCAUUCAAGCCAGGUGACCCUGCUCUCGAAGUUGCCGGUGUUGUAUCCGGAAAACAUCAGUAUCGCCAUGAGGAGCACUGGGUCGUUCGGAACGAGCAGAGCCGGAUCGAUGAUAUUGUGGCCGGGGCACGUGGUGGCCAUUACUAUCUUAUUGUUGGCGAGAAGGGCACUGGAAAGACUUCUAUGCUGCUGGAAGCGAUGCGCAAGAUCAACGGCACCGGUUGCGCUAUGUUUGAGGCCCAUGCCGACUUGGAGAUCUUCCGGCUUCGGUUGGGAAAAGCCCUCGACUACGAAUUUCAUGAGGACUAUAUCGGCAGCCUGUUCAGCAUUCGCGGUCCGCGAGACACUACCGCUCUGUUGGAUAUCGAGCGGGCCUUUAACAAAUUGGAAAAGGUCGCUCUGACCAGAAGACGUAACGGCACGCCGCCACUGAUCCUCAUCAUUAACAGUACCCAUCUUGUUCGGGAUGAUCACGACGGGCAAGACUUGCUCGAGAUGAUUCAGCAGCGCGCUGAGCAAUGGGCUGCAAGUGGCCUCGUUACAACCAUCCUCAAUAGCGACGACUACUGGGUUUACGAGCGCUUGAAGCGUUACGCGACCCGCAUGGAAGUCAUUCCGGUUAGCGAUCUGCCGAAGGAUAAGGCAAUGGCCGCGCUUUGGAAAUACCGCAAGCAGUUCUGCCACGAGGAUCUGCCAAGCUCGAUUCUUGAGCACGUCUACGACAAAGUGGGCGGCCGACUUUCCUUCCUCAACCGAGUUGCCAAGUCUCCGGAUGUCUUGAAAACCUGCAAUGAGAUCUGCCAGGCAGAGAAAACCUGGUUCCUCAACAAGUGUUGGAUCCUGGGUAAGGAGAUGGAUGAUGAUGUGAUGGACGAGCAGAAGUUCUCCUCUGCUGCCAUGGUCCUGGCCAAGGCCCUAGUAGACCUUGAAAAGGAGAUGGACAAGAAUUACGACCCGGACAGGGGCCACAUUCUACCCGAGAUUCCCCUUCACAAAGCACGGGAGAUCAUGACUCGCGCCGAUUUCGUCCAGUCCUACGAUCACGAGAAUAUCUUCACUAUCGAUUCGAGAGCCAUGGUGCGCGCGGACUCCGUGCCCAUGCAGCAGGCAUUCCGAGAAAUCUGUUCCACUGAAGGAUUCGACGAGCACCUAGAUGGCACCCUGGAGCGCAUUGGUGACAUCGAAAGUCUCGGUCGCACGCGCGAACUGACUAUCAAGGACCUCUGGGACCACGGCAAGUACCGGAUUGUGAUGCGGGAUACCAGGGGACGCGAGAGUGGGACAAUGGAAUUUGCAGUGGCAGAGCGUGAAGGUGAAGGUGAAGAGGAGGACUAG